UAAAUGGGUGUACGUCUCAUGCGCUGCAGCUUUGCUCGCGGCAGCCCGCCGGUGGUUUGUUGUGUGGGUACGCGACACCAUCGUUUUUAAUCUGUUUUAAUUUCUGUCUUGAUUAACGUACACAAUGGGUAAAACGGACGAGGAUGAAAUCAUUAGGAUUGCGAAGAAGAUUGAUAAAAUGGCGCAGAAGAAAACGGCGUCUGGUGCUUUAGAUCUCCUGAAGGAGUUGAAGAGCGUCACCAUGACACUAGAGCUACUACAGUCAACCAGAAUCGGAAUGUCCGUUAAUGCAAUCCGCAAGCAGAGCACGGACGAAGAAGUUACAUCGCUUGCCAAGGGCCUCAUCAAAUCCUGGAAGAAACUCUUGGAUGAGCCUGGUGGUGGUGGUGGUGACAAGUCAUCUGAAGAGAAAAGAAAGGAGCCCACAACACCGAUGGUAACAUCACAGGGCAGUCCUGAGCCCCAAGAAGAGAGAAGCUCAAGCAGUAAUUCCAGCAAGGGUGAUUUUGCUGAGGCCACCCCCAACACGCUAAUUGCCACCUUCCCACGCGCACCCGUCACCUCCGACUCUGUCCGCCUCAAGUGCCGGGAGAUGAUCACCAAUGCCCUGCAGACAGGAGAUGAUCACAUUACCAUUGGCGCAGACUGUGAUGAGCUUGGAGCCCAGAUUGAGGAAUGCAUCUUUACAGAGUUUAAAAACACUGACAUGAAAUACAAGAACCGUAUCCGAAGCCGAAUUGCGAACCUGAAGGAUGUCAAAAACCCCAACCUGCGGAGGAACGUUCUGUGUGGGAAUGUGUCCCCAGAACGCAUCUCUAAAAUGACUGCUGAGGAAAUGGCAAGUGAUGAACUUAAGGAGAUGCGCAAGAACCUGACCAAAGAGGCCAUCAGGGACCACCAAAUGGCCCAGACAGGUGGCACUAAAACAGACCUGUUCACCUGUGGGAAGUGCAAAAAGAAGUGUUGCACCUACACGCAGGUUCAGACUCGCAGUGCUGAUGAGCCGAUGACCACAUUCGUCUUCUGCAAUGACUGCGGAAAUAGGUGGAAGUUUUGCUGAAGAUUGGAGCGGUGUCUUCGGCUUGCAGAGAGGUAGCUUAAUUCCCAGACCAGGAGUCUGAAUCAGUUAUAGUUAGGAACUACCUGUUCAGUGGCACCUGGUGCACAGAUAUGGUCCCAAAAGUCCACUGAAUGUUCUUUUCCUUUGGUCACAGAACUGUUUCCUGUGUUUUUAUCUUGACAUGAAAGUUGGCUCAGCUCUCAGACUCAAUGUUGUUGCAUCUAUCUGUUUAUUUACCAUCACUUUUUAUAUGUAGUUUUAACUUUUUGACAACAAUGAUCACAUUUACCUUUUUGUUUUGCUUUGCCCUACUGAGGACUAGUCACAUUAAUUUAAAAUUGGAAGUGAACUGUUUCAUGAAAUAAAUCAAAAUGAUAAACCCA